AUGAAAAACGAAGAGGCAGCAGCUAUUAUGAAAUCUAUUGCUGAUGCUUGGGAGAAGGAUUAUUACGCUGGGAAGUUAGAGAAAGUGAUUCAAGACUAUUUCCAUACUGAUUGUGUUGUUGUGCAAAAAGGGGAGAAUGCGGUGUAUGGCAAGAAAAUCGUAACAGAAAUGUUCAAGAAAAUGGAAGAAGAGUAUGGACAAGUCAAAUUUGAAAGGAAGAAUGAAAAGUGCUGCGGUUGUGAUAGCUGUAUCUGCAUGUCUUGUGAUGUCAUUAUCGAAUCGCCGAAGAAGGGCAAAGAACUUGGAAAAUCAUUUCAAAUUUGGAGGAAGGAAGGCGGUAAAUGGAAAUGUUACCAUGACGAGUUUGAAAUAAUGAAGAGUAACACCCGCGUUUGA